AUGGCUAAGAGUUUACAAUCAUGUACUAUUCGAUAUGUUCCUGCAGAGGGCGCUCUUUCUUUUGUGACAAUCAAGGAAGAAAGAACGAUCGCUGUGAGGACGGAAUUAAAAUGUGAUAUUUCUGCGAUCUACAGACGAAACCAUUGUAUUACCAAGAAAUAUAACCUUUUUGGAAUUGUAGCCAACAUGGAUGCUAAUAACCAAAGAUACAGCAUUAAAAAUUUGCUGUUUACAAAAGCAAUUCCAAAUUAUGUGAUUCCGGUUCCUACUGCUGGCCGCAAAGUAUAUUCAUGUACGGAUUGCGGGGACAAAUUCAUUUUAGAAAAGAGCUACACAUACCACGUUAACCGCUAUUCCGUAAAAAUAUCUUAUUUCUGUCGACACUGUAAUGAAGUAAAAAUAUUUUAUAACAGAUGCAAUUUGCUGGCUCAUAUAAGAACUCAUUCAUUUAAAUCUGCCACGAUUAACGUUAGUGACUUAAAAUUGGAACCGUUACCACUUUCAUUUUUUAAACACAACCUGAUUCCGAUAUUUAAUAGUAAGCAAAAGAAAAAAAAUACUGUACAUCAUUGCUCCGAGUGUCUGUGUAUAUUAGACAACAAGAAUGAGUUAGAAAGUCACACAUUGAGAGCUGAACAUUUUAUGAAAGGAACUAAAAUGUUUUCAUGUCCUAUAUGUUUAUAUGAAUUACCUUCACAGUGUGCUCUGAAAGCUCACUUUCGCGUUCAUUUGCUAUUAGCUCCGUUCUACUGCCCCCAAUGUGGAGUAUUCUUGCCGCAGAAAAAUGGGCCAUUUCAAUUUAAUCAUGACUGUGAAGGAUUUAGAACGAUAAGAGCAGCUAUGAGAGUAAAAUGCCCAGCGGCAGAAUGUCAUCUUAUCCAGUUCAGUGAUUAUAUGAAGCAUCUCAAGACCAAUCACUUGAAGAUAGUUUACAAGUGUCCAUUUUGUGUCGUAGCUUGUUUCGAGGCACCACUAAUUGAAAAACACUUGAAUAGUCAUGAAAUCAGAGGCAAUCCUUUAAUAUUCUUUCAAUGCGAGAUGUGCCCAGGUAGACUAGUAUUGGAAAGUCAAAUUGAAAACCACUUAGGAGGUCAUCCUAUGGACCAGAUGUAUCCAUGCUGGGCAUGUGGUAAAAUAUUUAAGGAAGUUAACGAUCUGAUUACACAUCACGCAAGAAGUCAUAAUCUUUCAGAAGAUAUAGAACGCGCAUUCAAUUCUAUUAGAUUAUCAAAAGAAAACAUAAAAGAAAAAGGAAUUUACCGUGUAAUUAAAAAAUGCGAUCUGUGUAGCAGUAGCUUUACAUACAAAUGCAAAUACUCUCAAAUUAAAUCGUUGCCCAAUGACUGUCCAAACAAAUGCACCACCGCGUCUACUUCUACAGCUACCGUUGAGACUGCAGCCUGCUGUGAUGUAGUUAUUGAACGAGACCAUAAAAUAAAAUGUCCUUUGUGUGACGAUAAAAUUUCCCAAGACUGGGAAGAAAUAAAAAAGCACUUCAAAAUAAAACAUCACAGAACACACCAGUGUUUAGAUCUUAAAUGUGUCUUACCUAAGAUGAAUAUACUGAAAUGCAUGAAGUAUUUUAAAAAAAUCAGCAUGAAUAAACAGGCGAAAAAUAGAGGAGUUACCAAUAAAAAUAAAAGAAAACGUAAUCAAAUCCUAGCAACUUCCUCAACUAGAAACAAACAAAAACGUAAUCAAAUUCUACAAGUAUCCAUGGAUGAAAACACUAGUCUCAUCACUCCCAGUGAGUUUAUGUGCAAAAAAUGUGGACACAAUUCAGAAAGUAAGGAAUUAUUCGACAGCCACUUGCUUUCUCAUAGAGAUCCUUGUAUGGCAUACCAAUGUAUGGAAUGUGGAGAAUGCUUCGUUGUCAAACCAUCGUUUUCGAAGCAUUUACUGAUAGAACAUGGUAUUUCCGACAUAGAAGAUUACAUCGUUCAAAAAGGAUGUUACAAUGAAAAUUCUCUAUUAAAAUACCAAGAUAACUCUAUUACAAAUGAACCGCUACGUGAAAAUCAAUGCAAAAUUUGUAGGGACCAAUUUGACAAUUCUAGUGAUUUGGAAAAACACUUUAGAGUACAUGGAAUGGCAUUUUUACAGAAAAAUUAUAAUAAUAAUUAAGUUAAGCGUCGUGUAAGUAUCCAUUUAUUCAUCACUUCACCAGGUUUUCUAAGAUAUGAGGGUACCUUCCUAGAAAAAUAACGAGGGCAAUAGUAUUUUAGUCAACAAUCUUGCGUCUAAAUCUAAAUGAAACAAUUUCUAUAUUUUACUCUUACAAACAUCAUAAAACAACACUGUAACAACUGAAAUUUUACUUCUUGUACAUACUUUUGUAAUACAGCAGUUACAGCUGCAAUAGCGCGACUUAUUUCCCCUUAAGCAUAACAUAAGAUUACAUUAUAAAAACUUCAUACGAGUAUUUAAAUACUUUUAUGUAAUAGCCUUAUCUAAGAAUGGUUAUUUUUUGCCUAAUGACUGUAAUAAUUAAGGUGUGUCCCAGACUUUCAGUACCUACCAGACUGAUUUUAAAAAUGUUAUUCAUUAUUGUAAUUUUAUUAUUAUACUCUACGGUUAUACUUAGGAAAUAAUUCUGUAAGGUUAGAUAUAUAGAAACUACGUCAUUAAAUAUUAUUACAAA